AUGGGCUGCAAACGCACAGACUGCCUUUCAAGGCCUCUAUCAGGCCUCUUUGAAAAAUUUGGAUCACUUGUUGGCUCUUAUCCUUUGUACUUUUUUGUAAUUCCUCUCAUGCUGACGGCAGCACUCGGGGGAGGCUUCAGUUUUCUCAAAGACAGGGAGGACAAUGAUCUUGAGCGGCAGUACACACCAAGGAAAGGACCCUCAAAGGUUACAAGAGCUUUUGCGAAGGAAAACUUCCCCUUCAAUGAUUCAAUGUUUUCAGAAGACAGGUUGUAUGACCAGGGCAACUUUGCAUCCUUCAUAGCUCUAGCAACUAAUGAAGCAAAUAUACUAGACAAUGGAACCUUUGAGGACGUUGCCAGACUCAACAGUGAGAUCCUGGACAUCACUGUGCUCAAUGGGACAGUGGGAUUCAAAGAGUUGUGUGCGAAAGCAAACGGCGAAUGUGUCUCAAACAGUUUUCUAGAACAUUUUCACACCAAAGGUCCAACCGGCAUCGGUUACCCUUUCCAUUCAUCCUCCUCGGGUCCAGUGUUUCUUGGCUCUGUGUUGGGUGGAGUUGUGACGGAUGUAAAGGGUUUAGUCAUAAGCGCUCAGGCCGUAAAACUCGUCUACUACUUAGAAGAUAAGGAGAGCACAGCUGAUGCCACGAAAUUAUGGCUGAGGGGAUUUAAAAACCUCUUAUCAGAUUGGAAGGGCGGCAAACACGUUGAGGUGUCUUACUACACCUCCAAAUCCAAGCAGGAGGAGAUUGACAGUCACACCACAGAUGGCGUCCCUUUAUUCCUCAUCACUUAUGCCUUUGCUAUCACCUUCUCCGUGAUAUCCUGCCUGAGAUUGGACAAUGUGAGGAACAAGGUGUGGGUGGCUGUCUUUGGCGUCUUCUCCUCUGGUCUGGCGAUUAUGUCCUCUUUUGGCUUGCUGCUUUACAUUGGAGUGCCGUUUGUUAUUACAGUUGCAAAUUCUCCUUUCCUGAUCCUUGGAAUUGGACUCAACAACAUGUUCAUACUGGUGUCUGACUGGCAGCACACCAAAGUGAAAGACUCAGUGCCUCAUCGGAUGGCUCACUCUUACAAAGAAGCCGUCAUGUCCAUCACCAUCACCGCCUUGACUGACCUGGUCAAGUUCUCCAUUGGCGUCACGUCCGACUUCCCGGCGGUGCAGUCGUUCUGCGUGUACACCAGCGUCUCCAUCGUGUUCUGCUACUUCUACACGAUCACCUUCUUCGGCUCCUUCAUGGCUCUGAACGGGAGGCGAGAAGCCGACAACCGGCACUGGCUGACCUGCAGGAGAAUACCCACAGACAAACUCGAUCAUCACUCUAAUACAUACAACAUCUGCUGUGUGGGAGGCGGCUAUGAUCACAACACUGGAGCAGAGAAAAAACAGCCAGCCAGUAAUUUCUUUAAGGAUUACUAUGGCCCGUUUUUGAUCAAACCCUGGGUCAAGGGAGCUGUAAUCUUUCUCUUUGUAGUAUAUUUAUCUGCUAGUAUUUAUGGCUGUUUCCAUGUACAACAGGGGAUUGAGCUCUAUGAUCUGGCAGCCGAUAACUCCCACGUUACGACAUUUAACAGGAAGGAUAGGGAGUAUUUUUCUGCUUAUGGUCCAACUGUGAUGGUUAUUGUGAGUGAGGAAUUCCCGUAUUGGGAUGAAGCCAAGACGCAGCAACUUCAGGGGUGCAUAGAAGACUUUAAAGAGCUCCAGUUUGUAGAUAAAGAGAUCUUUAAAUCCUGGCUUGGCUCGUAUUACCAAUAUGGAGAUGAGUCACAUUUAAAUCUAAAUGAAAGAGAUGUUUUUCUCAAAAGUCUAUCCAAAUUCUUUGAUUCAUACCCGUUCUUCAAGCAGGAUGUGAACCUCACUGGAGAUGCCAUCUAUGCAUCUCGCUUCUUCAUUCAGACUGUUAAUAUUUCUGAUGGCAGCAAGGAAAUUCAAAUGCUUCAUGGUCUAACAGCCACUGCAGAAAAAUGCGACGCAGCAUCUUUAUUAGUCUAUAAUCAGAAAUUCAUCUUCUACGAUCAGUAUGAUGUAGUAGUCUACAGCACUAUUAAAAACGUGGCAGUGAUCACAGCUGUGAUGCUGGUGGUCUCUCUCCUGCUGAUACCAAACCCCAUAUGCUCAUUGUGGGUGGCUGUUUCCAUUGGCUCAGUGACAGCGGGGGUCACUGGUUUCAUGUGGCUGUGGGACGUCAGGCUAGAUUCUAUAUCCAUGAUCAUAUUCACCGUCUGCAUUGGCUUCACUGUCGAUUUCUCCGCUCAUGUGUCCUAUGCUUUUGUUUCUAGUAAGAAAUCCACUAACGAUGAAAAAGCUGUGGAGGCCAUCUCUAAUCUGGGUUACCCCAUACUUCAAGGGGCUGUCUCUACAGUUUUAGGGGUGUCUGUGUUGGCGACGUCUGAAUUCAACACAUUCAGGACAUUCUUUAAAAUCUUCUUUUUGGUCAUGUUUCUCGGGAUGCUGCACGGCCUCAUUUUCAUUCCAGUGAUUCUCACGCUAUUUACAAGACGACCACAUAAAAAGGAAAAGAAAGAACUAAUUUACACAAUCAGUAAACAUUGACCUCUGGUAUGAUUUAGGUCAUUUUAGAGAGCUAGUGAAGUUUAGUCUGUAAAUUCACGUAUUCCAAAACAAAACCAAUCUCUCUGAUCUGAAACAGGUUUUUGCAAAACUAUUUAUUUGAAAGCGUGUUUAAGUUAUGGAGUACUUUUGUAAGAUGUUACUUUUGAUAUUCAUUUAUUCCUCUGUUUCCUAAUCUAUGAGUUUAAUAUGAA